UUCCAGCGAGCGAGCGCGGCACGUGUUCUAAAAAUAGCGUGCCGCGCGCGCGUCCAUGUAUUUGUUUACGAGUGGCGCGGCGUUUGUUGUCGAGUCUCUGGCCGGAGUCAGUCGGUGCUCAGUCGGCCCCGUGCGAGCAGGCAACCCAAGCAGCGCAGCACUCAAUUUAUCUCUCCUUGGGCCGUGGGCCGAAUGCGGCGGUGAUUAUUGCCACUCGUUGCCAUGCUGGUCGCCAUCCCCGAGCUGCCCGAGCGCUCGGGCUCCCCCAGCGACCCCACGCAGCCGAGCAGCGCCGAGCCCAAGGCGCCGCAGCAGCUCACCAGCCCCCCGCCGGGGGCCAGCGCCGACCACGACGACUGGCGCAUGCAGCAAGACCAGCCGCUCGUGGCCGCCGCCGCCAUCCAACCACCUGCCCCCAUGAUCAUCGAGGAAUCAGCCAGCCCGUUCAGGUCGGUGGAAAUCACUAGCCCCGGUUCUCUGCCCUACUCCAGGCAUUCGAGGAAAGAUAUGGCCGGCGGAUCUCCGCUCGGUAGUCCGGUGACCGCGAGAAGGACCGAGCCCAACGGUCUGAUGGACCCGGUGAUGCGCGAUCAGCUGCUCACGCAACAGAUGCUACGAACCUCGCCCGCCUCCUAUGCCAUCCAGCAACAGAUGCUGCAGGUUCAAAUGUUCCAGCUAAAAAAGCAGCAGCAGCUGCAGCAGCAGAUUCUGCACGAGCAGUUCCAGGCGCAGAAACAACAGCUCGCCGAACAGCACGAGCAGCAACUGCGGCAACACCUCAAGACGCUAAACCUCCAUCGCAAUACAGCGAAGCUGUGGGAACAAAAGAAGAUAGAGGAGGAGCGCGAGCGGCGCGAGCAGGAAAAGCUGGAGAUGCUGCGGAAAAAGGACAAGCACGAGCAGAGCGCCGUCGCCUCGUCUGAAGUCAAACAAAAGCUACAGGGUUUCCUGCUAAACAAACAGGCGGCAAAAGCCGCAAACGCGGCCGCUGCGGCCAACGGGGUGCGGGGCGGCAGCCCCAACUCGAACUCGCAGCAGGCCAGCCAGGCGAGCUCCGUGGCCUCGAGCACCGGCUUCAGAAACUGGACGAGUAUGCAGCCUCCAGCGCCGCAAGCCGAGAACCCGGCGCCGCAGCCUUCAGGCCCUUCGCCGUACCCGAGACCGCAGGCGCUGCUCGGAAAGUACGACGAUGACGUUCCCCUCAGAAGGACAGCGUCGGAGCCCAAUCUCAAAGUGCGCCUCAAACAAAGAGUCAUUGAUAGGAGAAACUCGCCGCUUAUCAGGCGCAAAGAUCGUCUCCUCAAGAGGAAAUCGCAACUCGCAAUGGACGCCUGCAACAGUCCUGAAUCUGGUCCGAACUCUCCUCCGACGUCCGCGGCUGCAGUCAUUGCGGUGCAGUCGGCACGGGGCAACACCCCCAUCCAAGAGGAGGCGGGCUCGCCAUACGCGCCGCUGGCGAACAGUCAGGGCAGCAUGAAUGAUCUCUCGCAGCUGUACAGCAGUCCUUCCAUGCCCAACAUCUCGCUGGGCAGGCCACACGUGGCCUCUGGCUCCUCGCCGGUCGGCGGCCAACAGGAGCAGGGCAUCAAAAUCUCGCCGCAGACCGAGGCCGAGGUGCGCGCAGCUUACGCGGCUAGGUACGGACUGCCGCUCACGGGACAGAUGCUGCAGAACUCCUUGCCCUUCUACCCCACGCUGCCAGUAAUUGACGGAGACUACAGCAAUCCGUCCUCGCCGAGCUACAUCCAGAAGCAGAUGCAGGCCCUGGAGCAGGCGCAGCACCAAAAUCUCAUUACUGCCAUGUACCACUCCGGACCAAUCACAGACACUCAGGUGGCUCACGCGCACCUGAACAAGGGCGUGCGGCCGCUGGGCAGAACAAAGUCAGCGCCGUUGCCCCUGGGGCACCCAAUGCUGCAGGGCAGCCACCCGGGCAACCUGACGAUGCCGUCAGCCAACUACCAGGAGUACCUGCAGGAGAAACAAAUGUACGACCAGCAGCAACAGCACAACUUGCUCAAGCAGCACAUCCGCAAGACGGUGCUCACUAGGGCCAGCGGUAGAAACGCGUCGGCCCAGCUCGACGAGGCCGUCGAAGUCGACGACUCGGCAGAGGAAACCUUUUUAGACAUUUCGUCUGAUAGCUCUUCAUCUCCUCCACUGGUGAUAGAUCUGACGGACAGGAAAAGCGAGGAGGAUUUGGCUGCUAAGCAGCAUAGGGAGCGGGAACUCUUUAUUCAACAACAGCAACAGAGAGAUCUGCUUAUGAGACAAAAUUUCACCCUACAAAUUAGCGAAGGCUCGGCAUUCACGCCUCGCGCAGGGCACAUGGUGCGGCCAUUGUCGCGGGCCCUGUCGAGUCCACUGGUGGCGCUGGUGCCGCAGCAGCAAGCCGAGGUGAUGGCAAGCAGCAUGCAGGCUGGCAAGCCUGGCACGGCCACCGCGCUCGCCUACGACGGCCUCAUGCUGAAGCACCAGUGCAUCUGCGGUGACAAUUCAAGCCACCCGGAGCACAGCGGCCGCCUCCAGAGCAUAUGGGCUAGACUCGCCGAGACAGGCCUGCUGUCACGCUGCCUCCGGUACAGAGCCAGGAAGGCUACUCUGGAAGAAAUCCAGUCGUGCCACAGCGAGGCCCACGCCCUUCUCUUUGGAACGAGCCCACAAAAUAGACAGAAGCUGGACGUGAGCAAACUGAGUCCGCUGCCAAUCAAGAGCUUUGUACGUCUGCCCUGCGGCGGCAUCGGCGUCGACUCGGACACAACUUGGAACGAGCUUCACACCUCGUCAGCCGCCUGUAUGGCCGUCGGCUGCGUCGUCGACCUGGCCACCAAGUCGGCCAGCGGCGAAAUCAAGAACGGAUUCGCCGUCGUCCGGCCGCCGGGACACCACGCCGAGCCCUCGCAGGCCAUGGGCUUCUGCUUCUUCAAUUCAAUCGCCAUCGCGGCCAGACAACUCCAGCAGCGCUUUGACAUGGAGAGAAUACUGAUUUUGGACUGGGAUGUGCACCACGGCAAUGGAACCCAGCAAAUCUUCUACAAUGACCCGCACGUUCUGUACCUGUCUAUCCACCGUCACGAUGACGGCAACUUUUUCCCCGGCACUGGAGGGCCGAGCGAGUGCGGCAUCGACGACGGCAUGGGUUUCAACGUGAACGUCGCGUGGUCCGGGGGCCUGAAUCCACCGAUGAGCGACGCAGAGUACCUGGCCGCCUUCAGAACCAUCGUGAUGCCCAUCGCCAAGGACUUUGAUCCUGAAAUCGUGCUUGUGUCAGCUGGUUUUGACGCUUGCAACGGACACGCGGCCCCCCUUGGCGGCUACAAAGUGUCGGCCGCCUGCUUUGGCUACAUGACCCAUCAACUCCUCCAGUUGGCUGGAGGAAAGGUGAUUUUGGCGCUUGAGGGUGGCUACGAUCUUCCCUCGAUUUGCGACGCUGCUCAAGAAUGUGUGAAGGCACUAAUAGGCGAGGAGACUAGUCCGAUGAGCGAAGAGGAGUUGUGCAGACCGCCCAACAAGAACGCCAUCGAAACCCUGCAGAAGACCAUUGCAAUUCAGAACCCCCACUGGCCGUGCAUCAAGAAAUACGCUCACACUGUGUCAUGGUCAGCCAUCGAAGCCAGCCAGAAGGAGAGGGACGAAUCAGAGACUGUCACGGCAAUGGCGAGCCUUUCCAUGAAACAGCACAGUGCAAGCACAAUACAAAUCGCAUCGCCUCCAGAGAGACGUUGCACUCCGAUGGAAGAGCCGAUGGAUCAAGAUGAAGCCAAGUGAAAAACAAAUGUUAAGGUGUCUUCAGCACUGCUUGAUCUCAGUCAACGCUAGGCUGUAAGCCAACCACGCAGCCUGUUUGUAAAAUGAUUAUUUUUCCAGCCAAUGCAAGAGAGGCCGAGCCUAAUUAUCACACAAACUGUCAUCCGCAAGUGGUAGAAUCAAACUAAUCAAUGAAAAGCUGACAAUAGCCAGCGGUGUGUGUAUACUUGACGUAAGAAAAUUAUUUUCACUUGAUGAGAUCAGUCAAGUCCGUCAUCUCUUUUGUUAAAUAAAUUCAAAAUUCCGCAUUCACUCGUAGAGAGGCAACUACAAUAAAAAAUUUAAAAAAAACGUCUACUGCAAGUUCAAAACAGAAAGUUUAGUCUUUGAAAAUUUACCAAAGUCAUAUAUAGCUCAACGCGAGAGUUAAGUUUUGAUUUAAUCACAAUCAAUUGAUGGUGUACGCCAUACUCGGCUUUAAAUUUUAUUACAUUUUAUAUUAAGGGUAAAAUGUACAGUUGUGCUUAAUGUAAGGUGUAAUUUUAAAUCGAUUGCGAUUUUUAUCAAAGUGCAGGCCACUUAAAACCGAGAGUAUAUUAUAGUUAAAUAUAUAUUUUAUUUUAUUAAGGUUUGUUUGAAAAAUGACCAAUUUGCUAGCAGAUCAAAUUUUACAGACACGGCUUCACUUUUUCUAUGAGUUGCCCUCUAGCUGUUUCUGGUUGCCAAACAUAGUGUGAGCUGCUCAAUUCAUUUCAUUCCAUUACAAACUUUUUCGUGGAAUUUGCAACUCUUUCAUCUCCCGGAAUCUACUAACAAGAAAAAUGUGUGCUUUAAUUGUUUUAAGUUACUGGUGCAUUCAAGAAAAUGAUGUAUAACAUUGAUUUUCCAGUGGCUAAAAUUGUCUGCGGUAUGUAAUAAUUGUGACACUUCUUGUUCAUGAAGCUGUAAGUGUGAUAUUUAUAUCUAUCAAAAUUGAUUUGAAGCCAGAGCCUAAAAGUCGACAUUGCAUUGAGCUCACUUGAAAAGUGCAACAGAAAUGGAGGAAAUUAUAAAUUAACACGUACUACACACACAAAACAUUUUAAGUGUUUUUCAAAGAGUACACAUAUAUAAAAUAUACAUACAAAAUGCAUUGUGUUAUUGAUCUGUGGCAUAUAUUAUAUUAUAUAUGUAUAAGGCAAAAAGAGGUCGCGCGCGUUACAGCAAAAUUGGUAAAAUAUAUUUGUACUAUGAAUGUGAUAUGAUGCACAGAACCUGCAUUUAUUUUUAUGUACGGCAUUUGGAAAAAAGUGUUGCAGAUGUUUAUAGGAUUCAGACUUUUAAUAGUUUCCAAAGAGAGAAAACUCACAAGGAGAGCGCAUCUAUUAUUCCGAAAAAAAUAACCUUUUUUUUCUUUCUGCCAUACCCAAUAAGAAUUUGAAAUUAGAUGAAAAUUUGUCUAUGAGGAAUAUUAUCUGUUCUUUGCGGUUUUCAAAUACAAAUCUCAAAUUUUGGAGAAUUCAUACGGCUGUAAAAAAGUAGUGGAGUAGUAAGAUAAAAAUCUUAAUUAAAAAAUAAUAAUAAUAUGCUUGACAUUAUUAUUCAUUGACUAUAAAUGCUUGAGAAAUGUUUUGGAAAAUUCGGAAAGCCGAUGAAAUUUGAAAAUUUUAACCUGCUCCGUAUUUACCAGCAAGAAAAAAAUGAAAAUGCUUAAAACAAAACUACAUUUUAUAAAAAUAAUUUAAAGAAAUACAAAACUCUACCAAAAGCUGUUACAUUUCUGCUCUUGAAGUUCGCAGGGCACGUUCCUGUUGGAAAAAUUGCAAAGAUUUCCUAAAUUAUGAAUGAAAUUUAACAACUUUUCAUUAAAUGGUAGUUUGAAUUUUUUUACAAUUUCGACUUUGAAAUUUCAGAAACGGUGGAUUUAGUGAACCAUAAAUAACGGGAUGGUGAAUCCUCUUCUUUUAUUAAAUGGUAGCGAAAACACGAUAAUUUUCGGAUGAAAAAUUGCGCUCACCAUGUGGGUAGUUAAGUUAUUUACUUAAUUUGUCACUACAUCAAUCACUAAAUACACACUGUUUUCCUUUCGUCAUUUUUAUUGUUUGUGUUUCUAUGGUUUGCGGAAAAUUGUCAAAAUUUUGAUUUCUAUUUUCUUUACUUGAACGUAAAUUGUUGAUUACAUAUGUAUGUUGAAUAUUAUAUACCGAAAACUACGACUCUAUAGCGAAUUAGAGGAGGAAAAUUUGGUUUACAUGUAUAUCUAAUUAAUUGUGUAUAUUGUGCGGUGUAAAAUAACACACAAUAUAUAUCUAUUUGACAUUCCUGCUUGUUACGGUUGAAAAUGCAACAGAUUAAAAAAAACGAAUGUGUUGGAAGCAACGGAUUGUACGUAUUACACGAUGGAAUAUAAUUUUCUGCAGUUUGGUUGCAUACAUGUCCGUGUAUGGCGAUUACAGUUAUAUCAUGAAUAUCUUUAUAUAUCUCUUAUAUAUCGAGUAUGUUACGUUGCUUGCUCUUCUAUCAGUGUGAUGUAAAAAUGUUGCCUUGAAUGUACAUUUGCUGCGCCCGUAGCUGGGUUCGCGCGUCCUUCGAGAGACAAUUAUUAAAUCGCGAGUCCUGCAGGCCGAGGGGACAGACUCACUCACGCUCGAUUUGACCGUGCGGAACCCGAAUCGUGGCAGCAACAAUGGUAUGGUUGUUUACUCCGAAGUAGAAAAAUAAAGUCAUGACCCAAUAUA